AUGAAAGCCUGCUUGACGUGGACAAUUAAUGAUUUUCCAGCCUAUGGUAUGUUAUCUGGAUGGGGAACACAAGGUAAAUUGGCAUGCCCUCAUUGUAUGGAACACACUGAUGCUUUCACCUUGAAAAGUGGCCAUAAGAAUUCCUGGUUUGACUGUCAUCGUCGUUUCUUGCCAUCUAAUCACUCCUUCAGAAGGAGUAAAAGAAGUUUCCUAAAAAAUAGGGUUGUGACCAAUGAGCCACCUCCCAUUUCCACAGGGAAAGAUAUAUGGGCGGUAAUAAGUAAUUUUCCAAAAGUUACUGAAAUUGGAUGGGAGGCGAAAUGGAAAGAAUUCGAAGGGUAUGGAGUGGAUCACAAUUGGAAAAAGCGAAGUAUUUUUUGGGAUCUCCCAUAUUGGAAGGAUAACUUGUUAAGGCAUAACCUCGAUGUGAUGCACAUAGAAAAAAACGUCUUCGAUAAUAUAUUUAAUAUUGUCAUGAAUGUUAAGGACAAAACAAAGGAUAAUGAAAAGGCAAGAGAAGACUUGGCUAAAUUAUGCUUUCGCGGGGACUUGGAGCUCCAACCCUUAGAAAACGGAAAGAAUGGUAAACCAAAGGCUAGUUACAGUCUAACCAAAUCUGAAGCCAAGUUGGUUUGUAAAUGGCUUAAGGAAUUGAGAAUGCCAGAUGGCUAUGCUUCAAACCUCAGUAGGUGUGCCAAUGUAGAAAAGGGUACGAUGCAUGGGAUGAAGAGCCAUGAUUGUCAUGUUUUCAUGGAAUGUUUACUCCCAAUUGCAUUCCAUUCAUUGCCAGAUUUGGUUUGGAAACCAUUAACUGAGCUAGGUCGAUUCUUUAAAGAUCUUUGUUGCAAUACAUUGAGGAUGGAAGACUUAAUUAAGUUGGAUGAGAAUAUUCCAAUUAUCAUAUGCAAGUUGGAAAGGAUUUUUCCACCAGGUUUCUUUGACUCAAUGGAGCAUCUUCCAAUCCAUCUUGCCAAAGAAGCAAUUCUAGGUGGUCCAGUACAGUACCGAUGGAUGUAUCCAUUCGAAAGAUUUAUGGGAGUCUCAAAGAGGGCAGUGACAAAUAAGGCUAGAGUUGAAGGUUCCAUAUGCAGUGAUUAUAUACAUCGCGAGACAAAUUACUUUUGCUCUCAUUAUUUCAACUCUUUCCGUUUGUUGCCAACCAUAAAUCUUAGUAACAAACCUCAUUUAGACAAUGAUGACAUUCUACCUACAAUGUCCAUUCUACAAAGUGGCGGUCGACCAAGUGGGAAGUCACGAAAAUAUUUUAUAUCUGAUAAGGAAUGGAAGUCUUCACAUGUGCAUGUCUUGAUAAAUUGUGAUGAGGUUAAACCAUAUCUUGACAUAUUCUUAGAGAACCACUCUCUAGAUAUAGAAGAUUCAUCUGGGCGCAUACAUAUAGAGUUUCCCAUAUGGCUGAAGAAAUAUGUAAAUGAGGAGACAAAUGGAGUUACUAACCAAGAUAUAAUUGCCUUGUCUCGCAGUCCUGCAUCAAUGGCCAUAUCAUGGAACAUGUAUUUUAUCAAUGGGUACAAGUUUCAUACUGAAGAAUGGAGCAAAGGUAGAAAAACUAGCAAUUGUGGUGUGCACGUGAAAGGUCUUGCAGAAGGAGGAAAUACUGAUUUUUAUGGAAUAAUCAAACAUAUCUUUGAGCUAGAUUACAUUGGUCUGAAGCAUAAGAUUCCAGUUUUUUAUUGUGAAUGGUUUGAUCCAACAAGGAAUACGGGCACAAAGGUUCACCCACAAUAUAAAACUGUGGAUAUUAAGAUGGAUAAACGUUAUCGUCCUUAUGAUCCUUUCAUCCUUGCGCAAAAUGCAAGACAAGUGUAUUAUGUCCCAUAUCCAGAAAUGUGUAGAGAUAUGCGUGGAUGGUGUGCGGCAAUCACCACAAAACCAAGGGGUCGCGUAGAGAUUGACAACAUAGAGGAUGAAGUACCUUAUCAAUCUGAUGGGAUGUUACCUGCGCUACCCAAUGUAGAAAUUGAAGCAAUAUCUUGUUUGCGUGACAUGUCACAAUUAGAUGUGUUUGAAGAGAUUUUUGAUUGCUCUACUAGUGAAGCAGAUAGAGGGCAUUGA